AGGUUGCUUCAUGCGUUUCCCUCAUUGAGGAUUCCACUUCACUGUGGUGCAGCAUCCGUUGCACUGGAUCCCUUCUGCUUUUGGCUUUCUGAGGACCUCCGCCACCUCCAUGUCGACAUCUGUGCAGGUAGAGUCCGUCAUGGAGAGGACGUACGGAGGACUCGGCCGCUGUAAGUGCUCCUUCUGGUUUGCAGUGGCCCAGGACAUACUUGGAAUCCUCAUCAUCUUGUUGGGGGUGUUCGGAGGGCUGGUGGUCCACGACCUGUUCAUCUACGCCGGCUCCAUAAUCAUCUUCCUGAGCCUGAUCUGGUGGGUUUUCUGGUACGUGGGCAACAUCGACGUGCCGCCCGAGGAGCUGGAGGAUGACGUGGGUUUGAUCAAGCGGAAGAACCAGGGACUCGGCCGCGUCGUCCGGCAGGUCUCCACCCGUCUCUCUCGCGGGAUCAGGAACUCUUUCAGGAAGAAAGGCCUGUCAGGUGACGAAGGACCAGACGCUGCUACGGACGUGUCACUCAACACUGUCUGUAGCAGCAUGGCGGCCUCCUCGUCAAGAGAGCUCAUGAGAGAGACGUUGUCAAUAUGAACUGUCGGACAUAAAAGACUGGAAACGACUGCCAGAUGUUCCCUGUGUUUGUCAUUUGAAUCUGUCGAGGGGUUUUCUGUGUUCGCUCUGCACUGUUAAUGAUUAGACAUCACCGAGGUGGCGUCUGGAUGAGAUCCACAGGCUUUAAUUCUGCUGAUAAGAUGUACACUUUGCACACAAAAACACGCGUUUAUUGACACUUGUGUAGUAACCAUAGCUUUCUCUUCUGUUUUUAUCAUUGGUCACCAAUUUUCAAGAGUAUGAUUGUGACUAUAAACACGAACCGUAAGAGAUAAGCUAUACUACGCCAUUUUUGUUGAAUAGUGGCACAUUUUGGACAUAUUUUGGUCAAAAUAUGACAGGGCUACAGUACAAAGGUGAACUUUCCAAUCAUGUCCCUACACCUCUUCAUAGCAGCUGUUAAAAUGUUGGUUUAGUUUUAAGUGGCAUAGUGUAACUCUCGUGGUCCCCUGCUCCAUAUCCUCAAAGGACACAAAGUAAUCCUCUACUCCUGUGACAGUACGGCUUCACGUCAUUUUUUGUCAAACAGUGGAUGUCCAACUUAGAGAAGAGACUCGUGGACGUAAUGGUGGAAGAGGGAAGGAGAAAGUGAUGAAGCAAGAGACAUGGAAAUGGUGGACAUUGUUGUGAAAGAGACUCAAUC